UGACAUUUGAAAUUCAGACCCGGGAGAGCAGCGUCGUGAGUCCGAACAGAACAUGAGUGAGCUGGUGGACAUCAGCCUCCACCUCCAGAACAGGAUAUCAUCCCUGCACCGUAUACUGGACCUGUCAACAGCUGAGCUGCCUCAGACUAAGAUGAAGAAACUUGGACAGGAGCUCUUUGGUCUGGAGAGACUUCUGGAGCAGUUUGAGAAAUGUGUUGAACAACAGAGGGAGCAGCUGAAGCAACUAAAGGAAGUUGACCAGUUUUUCCAGAAUGAUAUGAAGGACGUUCAACACAUGAAGGACAACAUCCCUGCACACAUGCCCAGGAAGAAAGGCGCAGGAAGUGGAAAUGAACCUGUGAAGAAGAAGGAAGAGGCAGCAGAUGUUCACAUCACCCAGACAGAGACCGUCAGAAAGACCAAGACCCAUGUCAGAGAGGUGGAGUUCAUUACCAUGCCAGAGUUUGAUGGCAUCCCUCAGUACAUGAAAGGACGUGUAUCAUAUGACCAGCUCAAUGCUGCUGUGCAGAGCAUCAACACAGCUGUAACAGCCAAGUAUAAGAUCCUCCACCAGUCUCUGAAGACUCUGCACAAUCAUGCUCGAAAGCUGCAUCAGCGCUUCAAGGAGCAGGAGACCAAACACACUAAAGGUCAGUACUUCGUGGUGGAGGAUGACAUUCGGGAGUUCACUCAGAUGAAGGUGGACAAACGGUUUCAGGGGAUCCUGAACAUGCUGCGACACUGUCAUCGUCUGAAGGAGCUACGGGGGGGAGGCCUCACCCGCUAUGUGUUGUUAUGAACGAACAAGAGUCAGUCAGAUUGAUUAGGCUCUCGUCAGGGGUUUGUUUGUUGCCUAGUUGAUUCUUGUCAUGGUGGUGUUUUAUGUCUGCUCUGUCAGACCGUCAGAUUAGUUCUGUUAUAUAUAUUAUUAUAACACAGUGACAGUGUGACAUUGUAGAACUUCUGUUUG